AUGACUAUUCUCGACUCGAGUCUAGCCGUGUUGAUCGACGGCGAUAAUGUCUCAUCAAAGAUCAUCGCCGGCCUCAUGGCCGAAAUCGCCAACUAUGGGACAGCGAGCGUCAGGCGGAUCUAUGAGGAUUGGACUAGCCCGUCACUUAAAGGCUGGAAAUCAUGUCUUCUGAAUCACUCAAUCACUCCAAUCCAACAAUUCGCAUAUACGAGAGGAAAGAACGCAACCGAUGGCGCUAUGAUCAUAGAUGCCAUGGACCUACUUUAUACUGGCCGCUUUUCAAGCUUCUGCCUCGUAUCAAGCGGUAGUGACUUCACUCGCCUCGCAUCCCGGAUUCAUGAGCAGGGCGUCAUGGUAUAUGGCUUUGGAGAACGCAAGACUAGCAAUGCUUUUGUUGCAGCCUGUGAUAAGUUUAUGUACUUUGACAGACUGAAUGUAGAGUUAGAAGAGUCGAAGAAGCCAUCCUAUGCCGCUGAGGCAACAAAACCACACGGAACACCAAUUGUAGUGCCUGAUCGGCCAGCAAAGAGACUGAUUGAUUCAAAAGCACGUAUUGGAAUCCGUCUGGCGAUCUCGGGCACAAGCCACAGCGACAAUUGGGCCAAUCUGGCUGAUGUCGAGAGUUAUCGGAUUAUGAUUUCUCCUGACUUGAAUGCGCGCAAUUAUGGCUAUGAACGAAUUCGUGAGGAAGCUACUGGGCUCUACGAACAACACCUCUGCCUCUAA